CUUUCGUAAUAAAAGGCGAGACCCGCACACCACCCGCUGACCGCCAUGAGCGAGGAGGCGGACGGGGAGGAGCGCCGCGCGCGGCCCAGACUUUUAAACUAUGAAAAGCAAAAAUACAAAGAUGUCACACCAUCCAAGAACCAAUCAGCUGAGGUAGCAGCAAAGCAAACAUUGAAAUGUAAAACAUCCAGGAAACGCUCUGUAUCCUGGCAGUCAGAGAAAACAGAAGAAAUUUAUGAAGAUUACUACCCAGAUUACCUUAAAGAAUAUACAACUCAACCACAUAGAGCUGCUCCAGAGCCUGUUUCCCAAAAAGAGCAAGGUCCACCCAGCAAGGGAAAGGAGCAAGUCCUGGCCCACCCCAAAGUGCAGCGAGCCAGACUGAUGUCUUAUGACAGAACAGAGCCAGACGAUGAUGAUGUGAUGAGACAUAUAACUAGGCUAAGAGAAAAGCUUGGUUGGCAAACUGUAUUAUCACAGCAUGGUAUGAAAUGUAGUAGAGCUAAAAUUCAGAAGAUUACUUUAAAGGAACCUUUGAAAGAUGAUGGUGAAUUUGUAUACUGCAUUCCUCGGGGGAAUCUUAAAAGUUUUCACAAUCCAUAUGAUCUUCAGGUGGUAUCUGCCUACAGAGCUAGAAAUUGCAAAAAAUUUUGGAUUAUUUCUGCUUCAUUUAUUUCAAAGGUUGUUAAAACAGGUGUUGAUACAGAAGAAGUAGAACUUGUUCCUGCUUUGGAAUGGCUAUCAGAAAGACGUCGUUACUAUUUAUUACAGCAAUUCAAGAUAUUUUCCAAUUUCCGAGUUAAUAAAGCCUUUUUGACAUGGAAAUUGAAUGUUAAAAGAAUUAAGACAGAGAAGAGCAGGUCAUUUUUAUAUGAUCAUCUCUUUUGGGCUGAUGAGUUAUUUCAAUCCUGUUUGCUUUAUAUAAGAGGACUCUGUGAAGAUGCUGUUAAUAUCAGUAGUUAUAAUGAACAUGUGGAUAAUUCCUCUGCUAUAUUUCUUGUGAAGCUGGAUAGAUUUCGAACAUAUUCCCUAGAUGAAUUUUGUGAAGAACAGUUACAGCAAGCUACUCAGGCAUUAAAGCAGCUUGAGGAUAUCAGGGAUAAAGCAAUUUCAAAGAUAAAAAGUACACUUUUAAAGGUUGCGGAAAAGAAAGAUGUUAAAGAGUAUUUUGAGUCAAAGCUGCCUGAAAAUGAGAAAACACAUUUCAAACUGCCUAAAUAUCGGUGUUUGUUGGAAACAAUUUCCAGGUUUCUCAUGCUAGUUGACUACAUAUUUCAAGAACUCAUCCGUCAGCUAAUGAACACUGCAGUCACACUACUUUUGGAAUUAUUCAAUGGUUCUGCUAACAUGCCAUUUUCAAUGGAAAAAAAGAAUGAAAAUCUGAUCAGAACACACAAGGAUGACUUUUUUUUCAGUGAAAAUAUGAUAAGUGAUUAUGAAGAACUCAAUAACUCAAAUACAAGUGCUUUUUCUAUUCAAAAGUCAGAAGUAAAAACAGACAUUGAUUUUAAUGAGAUUUUAAAUAAGAUUAAAGUGGGGAAGAAUUUGAGAAAAUCAUAUGCACCAAUAUUUGAAGUAAAUCUACGCUUGAGAAUUCCUUCUGAGAGUGAUUCUUCAGAAAAUUUUGAAGAGAAUUUUUAUGAGCCUGAGCAGGAUCCUGAAAAAUGUGUGACAUGUGAAGAUAAAAUGUCAGAAAAUAGUCCUGAAAAAGGUUGCUUAUAUGAACUCCCCAAAGCCAAGAAACCAAAAAAUUUCAUUUUAAACCUUGAAGAUAUUCUUUCAGACACAGAAAUCACAACUGAGUUUGAGAAUGUAAACAUGUACGAUAAAUAUUCAGAAUUCCCUACAAAUCUCUUUAUGGAUCCAAACAGAUUGGAGUUUUCAAUAAAAAUUCAAAAUAUGGUAGAAAAUAUUGAAAAGCAUAUAACUACAAUUACUCCCCUUCACCAAGAUCCUCGCCUGUCUGUCUUUAUUGGUUCUGUUCCAGUCAUGGAUUUAUCUAAUAAUAUAGGAAGUAUAAUAAAAUAUAAGAAGCAGACUAGAUGGCCAGAUUGUCAGAUCCUUUUUGAAAUGGAUCCUGCCUACCAAAAUAAAAUUGUAAGUCUCCUGACUGUUAUUGGCAAUUCGAUGAGCCUUGUUAAUAGUUACAGCUGCAAGUUUCUAAAGUAUUGUACCAUGGUAGAGAAGGCCAAAACCAUAAGCAUGAAUAUAUCAUCUAUGGGAGAAUUAAGUUCAGCACAGUUUAAUAUUAUACUGUAUAAAUUCAAAAAAUACUUUGGACAUAUUGUGACUAUGGCUAUUGAGAAACGCAUUGGCAUUUUCAAUGUGAAGAGUUCUGAUUAUCAGUCAGAAUGCUUACCAUAUGUUGAUAACAUCAUACGUAUGAGCCAGGAUCUCUUGGAAUCUAUAACUCAGGAAAAAAAUACAAGCCUACUGGAAAUUGUAGAAUCAUCAUUGCGACAGCUGGAAUGUGAUCCCACUAAAAUGGAAGAAUUUGUGGAACACUUUACUUUCUUGGAUGAAAUUUCCUCAAUAAUAUCUGAAUUAGAAAAAGAGUAUCUAACAGUUUCUCAGUUGUAUUCUGUUGUAAGACGUUACCAGAUCAACAUUUCAGAAGAACAAAUUGCUAUUUAUAAAAUCCUUUGUAUCAAGUUUGAGCAACUAAAAACAGCUAUAAAAUUCAGUAAAAUAAAUAAAGAUGCCACUAUAAGUAAAUUUCGGGAUAAUUUGGAAGAAUAUAUCACUGAUCUUCGAGUGGAUGUUAGUAAUUUAAAAGCCAAAAUAAGAACUCCUUUUCUUCUGUCUACCAGCACCAGUGUGCCAACAGCAACGGAAAUGAUCCAGGCUCUCUCUGAGGAGGCGGCCAGUCUGGCUAACAAAGCUCGAAUGUAUGCAAACUACCAGGAUCGGUUCAGUGACUCCCAGGCUCAUAUGCAUUCUCUCAAUGUGGAAGAAGUCACACAGAUUAUGCUUUCAGAAAUCUCUGACAUUGAUUAUGACUUAACUUUGAGGAAAAUACUUUGGGAAGCACAGGAAGAAUGGAGUAUACUCUUCAAAGAGUGGAAGAAAUGUUCUCUUCAGAAUAUUGAUGUAGAUUUAGUGCAGAGAAAUGUUUCCAAAUGGCUGCAGAAGAUCUUUGUACUAGAAAAAGGUUUGCCUAAAAACGACAUGGUAAUGAAUCUUAAGCAAUCAGUGACAGAUUUUAAGCGAGAGCUGCCCAUCAUCAUAGCACUGGGAAACCCCUGUCUCAAACCAAGGCACUGGGAGGCGCUGCAGGAGAUCAUGGGAAAGACAGUUUCCCUUGACAUAAACUGUACAGUGGACAGUCUUCUAGCCCUCAAGAUGUUUCAGUAUGAACAUGAAAUAAAUGAAGUAUCAACUUCAGCAAGUAAUGAAGCUGCUCUUGAAAAAAUGCUGUUUAAGAUUAUCGAUCUUUGGAACACGACGCCUUUACAUCUGGUCCUUCAUCAUACAGAGAUGUACUCUGUCCUAAUAAUUUCAUCCGUAGAUGAUGUAUUAGCUCAGUUAGAAGAGUCUCAAGUCAUGCUUGCAACAAUUAAAGUAUCUUCUUAUCUUGGGCCCUUUAAGGAGCUUGUGAAUGAAUGGGAUCAAAAUUUAAGUCUCUUCUCUUAUACCCUUGAGGAAUGGAUGAAUUGUCAAAGAACUUGGCUUUAUCUUGAACCAAUCUUUCAUUCAUUAGAAAUAAAAAGGCAGCUCCCUGCAGAAACAAAACUGUUCUUUCACGUGAUCUCCAUAUGGAAAGAAAUAAUGUCAAAAGUACGAAACAAACUGGAUGCUUUGCGAAUAACCACUUCUGCAGGAGUACUUGAAAUUCUACAAAAUUGCAAUAUACAUCUUGAACACAUAAAGAAAAGUCUCGAGGAUUACCUUGAAAUUAAACGAAUGAUUUUCCCAAGAUUUUAUUUUCUCAGCAAUGCUGACCUUCUGGAUAUUCUAGCAGACAGCAGAAAUCCUGAGUCUGUACAGCCUCAUCUUGUGAAAUGUUUUGAAAAUAUAAAGCAAGUCCUGAUCUGGAGGCAGGAAGUUGGGCCUCCCGCUGUGAGGAUGCUCCUGUCUGCUGAAGGAGAAGGUCUUGUGCUGCCCAAGAAAAUUCGUAUAAGAAAUGGUGUAGAACAGUGGCUGGCAAAUGUAGAGAAAAGCAUGUUUGAAGUGCUGAAAAAAUUUAUGAUUCAAGGGAUUGAAGACUGGAAGUACCAGAUCUUUCCCCUAUGGGUGAUGUCUCACCCAGGACAAGUAGUACUCACAGUGAGCCAGAUCAUGUUUUACAAUGACUGCAUCAAAAGUUUUGUGAGUUCUCAUUCAAAAGAAGAGCUAGGAAAAGUUCACACCACUGUGCUGGGUCAUCUAGAAGCAGCUUCAGAGCUGGUUGUGCUGAAUACUAAUAAUUCUCGGACAAAAACUGUGCUCGGUGCCUUGCUUACCCUUUAUGUCCACUGCAGAGACAUUGUGAAAGAUUUACUACUUAAAAAUAUCUUCAAUGCAGAGGAUUUUGAAUGGACAAGACACUUGCAAUAUAAAUGGAAUGAAAAACAGAGAUUGUGUUAUGUGUCUCAAGGAGAUGUUAGCUUCACUUACGGCUAUGAGUACUUAGGCUGUACCCCCAGGCUGGUCAUCACUCCUCUUACGGACCGAUGCUGGCUUACUCUUACAAGAGCACUGAACUGGAACCUGGGAGGCUGUACUGCUGGCCCCGCUGGUGUAGGAAAAACGGAGACUGUUAAAGAUCUAGCAAAAGCUUUAGGUAAACAUUGUGUAGUCUUCAAUUGUUUUGAAGAUCUGGACUAUAAGAUUGUGGGCCGGUUCGUGUACGGGCUGGCGCAGUCGGGCGCCUGGUGCUGCCUGGACGAGUUGAACCGCCUGGGCACGGAGGUCCUCGCGGCCCUGGCUGCUCAGAUGCUGGCGCUGAAGGCGGCGCGGGAUAGCCGUUCCGCCAGGUUUGUACUGGACGGAAAAGAACUUUCUAUCAAUAUGUCUUGCGCAGUGUUUAUCACCAUGAAUCCUGGAUAUGGAGGUCGAGUAGAGCUCCCAAGAAACUUAAAAUCUUUGUUUCGCCCAGUGGCAAUGGUGGUGCCACACUGUCAAAUGAUUGCAGAAAUAAUACUAUUUUCAUUUGGUUUCAAAUCUGCAAAACCACUCUCUGGAAAACUAGCUUGCCUUUAUGAAUUAGCUAGCAAACAGCUGUCACAACAGGCUCAUGAUUUUGGCUUGAGGUCAUUGAAGAUGGUUUUAGUAAUGGCUGGAAAGAAGAAACAGGAGUUUAAAUGUGAUACCAGUGAUAAGCUUUCUGAAGCAGAAGAAGUGCUGAUUGUGAUGGAGGCUGUAAGAGACGCUACUUUGUCAAAAUUUCCUCCUGAAUAUGUCCCAAUUUUUGAAAAUAUUAUAAGUGAUAUGUUUCCUGGAGUGACAGUUUCAAAAGUAAAUCAACUUGCCUUGGAGAAAGCAGUAUAUAGUGCAACAGAACAAUUAGGCUUACAGCAUUGGGCACCUCAGAAAGAAAAGAUCAUACAGUUUCAUAAUCAACUUCAGGCCUGUGUUGGUGUGAUGUUACUGGGCCCAACAGGUGGUGGAAAGACAACAGUCAGAAAAAUUUUGGAGAAGGCAUUAAUACUAUUACCAACUAUCGACAUCUCAGUUACAGGCAGUGAAUCUACCUCAAAGGGCCCAGGAAGAAAAGGAAAGGUUGAUAUCUGUGUUUUAAAUCCAAAGUGCAUCACUCUUGGUGAGCUAUAUGGACGACUGAAUCCUAAUACUAUGGAGUGGACUGAUGGAUUACUGUCAGCUGCAAUUCGGAAUUAUGUGUAUUUUAACACCACAAGGUACUCAAAGAAAGACAUUGACUUUGGACUAAAGUCGAGACUCUUAGAUUUAUCUAAAACUUUUCAACUUGAUGCCUCUGAUACAGCAGAUAUCGAUGAAAGUAUUUUUGUGAAGGAGGCAGAAAAAGAUGUUAAAAUUCAAGAAAAUUAUAAUUUUGAUUGGCAGUGGAUUAUCUUAGAUGGUCCAGUGGACACCUUGUGGGUAGAAAAUCUAAACUCUGUGCUAGAUGAUACCAGAACACUGUGCCUAGCAAAUAGUGAGAGAAUAGCAUUAACUAAUAAAAUACGAGUGAUUUUUGAAGUGGAUAGUCUCACCCAGGCCAGUCCUGCUACUAUCAGCCGGUGUGCAAUGGUGUAUAUGGAUCCUGUUGAUCUGGGAUGGGAACCUUAUGUUAAGUCAUGGCUUUUGAAAACAUCUAAAAUAAUAAGUCAAUCAGGAGUAGACUGUCUUGAAUUCAUGAUUAAAAAUAGUGUCGCCAGUGGGCUACAAUUUAUAAAGAAGCAUGAGAAAUUUCUGGCUUAUCCUAUCCAAGAUGUAACAAUCAUCAUAACCCUCUGCAGAAUUCUUGAUGCUUUCUUUGAAUUUAUGAGUAAAAACGGAGGAUUUGGACAAAGUGGCGAUUUGAACAACUCUUCAAGUAAGAAGGCAAAUUCUGUGAAAGUUUCCGUCAAAUUGAAGGCCACAGAGAGCAGGGAUAAAAGCACAUGGUAUCUGGAGAAAAAUCCUGAUAAAUUGGUGCUGGUGUUGCAGAAGCUUUUUGUGUUUGCAUUUACUUGGGCGUUUGGGGGAAUUUUAAAACGUGAAGAUGAACAUGAAGAUGACAUUAUAUUUUGUUCAGCUUUUGAGCCUGAUUGUCUUGCAGAUGUAACCUAUAGUUUUGACAACUUUGUUCAUAAAUUAUUUGAAAACAUUUCACAAGUAGCCAUCAAUCUACCAACUGGUGAACGGUCUAUCUUUGGGUAUUUUCUGGAUCUACAGCAAUGUGAAUUCAUUCCUUGGUCAGAUGUAGUUCCUAAUGUUGCAACACUAACUCAAAAAGGUACUUCAUUGCUGGCAGACCUUCAAGGGUCUGGCGAGAACAUCCUGAGGCUCACGGAGUACGGCGAGUACAUUCAUUACACUGCCACUAGAGACACGGUGUGCCUGACUUUCCUCACAAGCCUCCUCUUAAAGAAUUCCUGCCCUGUGCUUCUCACAGGAGAGGCUGGUGUUGGAAAAACUGCAGCUAUUAACUACAUGCUUGAAAAGUUAGAAGGCCCAGGAGCAUUUGAUAUAAAAUAUGGAUCAAUUUUAGGAGACAUCCUAUUACAUAAUGAAAUUAAAAAGUCAAGCCUAAAGCAAAACCUCCACAUCUUGGUUUCUGAAGCCCAGCGGGACAAGACAGCGACUGAAAAUCUUGAUAAUACUACUAAGAAGCUAGAGGCUGGAACUGAUAGUUCACUUACAAAUGAUAAAGGAAUUACGGUCUCUACAGUAAAUUUUUGCACCAGUAUGACAGCUACCAAAGCCAAGGAGAUGAUUCUUAAGAAGUUAGUAAGAAAAGCUAAAGACACUUUGGGAGCUCCUAAGAACAGCAAGGCUGUAAUAUUCAUUGACGACUUGAACGUACCAGUGCCAGAUGCGAGUGGAGCACAACCCCCGCUGGAGCUGGUCAGGCAGCUGCUGGACAUGGGAGGGGUCUAUGACACACAAAGAAACGUGUGGAAGAGCGUCCAGGAUCUGUCUGUGGUGGCAGCGUCCUAUGUCCCUCCAGUUGGUGGGCAUGAUGUCAACCCACGUCUCCUCAAGCAUUUCUCUGUGCUGGUGCUGCCUCAUCCUCCACAAAGUGCCUUACAUUCUAUUUUCGAGGUUCACUUGGGAUUGUAUUUCUCCAUCAAUAACUUCACAUCUGAUGUCCAGAAAUGCAAGGGUCCGAUAAUAUCUUCUUCCCUGGAUAUGUAUCAUCACAUAUGUAAGCAUAUGUUACCAACACCCACAAAAUGCCACUACAUGUUUAACCUUCGAGACAUGUUUAAGCUUCUGCUAGGCCUUCUGCAAGCUGACAAGGCUGUCAUUAACUCUAAGGAAACGGUUGCCCUGUUCUUCGUACAUGAAGCUUCUCGUGUAUUUCAUGACCGCCUCAUGGAACCUUCUGAACAAACCAUUUUUUAUCAGGUGCUCUCAAAGGAACUGGAGAAGUACUUUGAGAUUCAGUGGACACAGCAAAACCUCAUGAAUGACACAACUGUGUUUGUGGACUUUCUGGACAUAAACAAGCCUCUCAGAAAAAAGAUCUAUCAGAAUACUAAUGACUAUGAUAAACUUGCUGCUGUGCUGAGUGAAUUCCAAAUGAAGUUGGGGUCAAAGUCUUUGGAGGUUUCUCAUUCCAUGGUGUUCUUCAAGGAAGCCAUAGAGCACAUCACAAGAGCCACAAGAGUCCUUCGGCAGUCAAGAGGUCACAUGUUACUGAUUGGAAUAGAUGGAUGUGGAAAAGAAACUUGUGCAACGUUGGCCUGUUAUUUGUCAGAACACAAACUAUCCCGCAUGCCUGUGUCUCACAAAUAUGCCUAUGUAGAAUGCAAAGAAACCUUUAAAAAAGUGUUUAUUCAAGCAGGGAUGGAAGACAGCCCCACUGUUCUGGUGGUUACUAACUUACACCAAGAACAAAGAUCAUUUUUGGAAGAUUUGAACUACAUCGUCAGUUUGGGGAAAAUACCUCACUUGUUUGAAGAUGAAGAUCUGGGUUCUAUUAUAGUGAGGAUUCGAUCUUUGGCUCUACAGUCUGGUUAUACAGAUGACAAAAAGUCUUUACUUUCAUUCUUCCAAAAGAGAAUAAAUAAAAACCUCCAUAUUUUUAUAAUCAUGAGUCCUGUGGGGCCUAACCUGCGCCAGAACUGUAGAGUGUACCCUGCCAUGAUCAGUUCCUGCACGAUAGAUUGGUACCAGAAGUGGCCAGAGGAUGCGCUCCUCAUGGUAGCCAAUUCUUUCUUAAGGGAAAAGGUGAAUCCAGAGAAGAGAGAGAAUUUAAGAGAAAAAUUUGCUCAGACAUGUGUCCAGAUCCACAAAAGCAUAGAAGACUUGGCAACAAGCUACUUUAAAGAAACCGGAAGUCAUUAUUAUGUCACGCCUAGCAGCUACUUACAGUUCAUGGAAACAUUUGCACACCUUUUAAGGUCCCAGGAGGCAGAGAUGCACAGGAGGAGGGAUCGUUUCUGCUUGGGUCUCUCCACAAUGCUGGAAGCAACCAAACUAGUUAGUGACAUGCAAGAAGAGCUCUUGAUUCUUGGCCCUCAGAUAGAACAAAAGACAAAGGAAAUAGAAGUCUUGAUGGAAAGACUACAGAAAAAUUCACAAGUCGUGGAGAAAGUUCAGAUGCUUGUUAAACAGGAUGAAGAAAUCAUGGCAGAAGAAGUGAGAAUGGUGGAAGAUUAUGCUCAGAGAACUACCAAUGAACUACAAAGUGUGCUGCCAGCUGUAGACAAAGCAAUCGGGGCUCUGAAUGCACUGGAUAAAGCUGAUGUUGCUGAAUUAAGGGUCUACACGCGGCCCCCCUUCCUUGUGCUGACUGUCAUGAAUGCAGUGUGUAUUCUGCUGCAAAAGAAACCAAACUGGGCAACAGCAAAGCUGCUUCUUUCAGAAACUGGCUUCCUAAAGAAACUGAUUAACCUUGACAAGGACAGCAUACCUGAUAAGGUUUUUGUGAAGCUGAAAAAAAUUUUGAACUUGCCAGACUUCAACCCAACCAAGAUGGCUCUGGUGUCCGCUGCAUGUUGCUCCAUGUGCCAGUGGGUUAUAGCCCUGAAUGACUACCGCGAGGUCCAGAAGGUGGUAAGCCCUAAACAAAUCCAAGUAGCAGAAGCUCAAAAUGUCCUCAAAAUUGCACGACAGAAGUUGGCUGAAAAACAAAGAGGUUUACAGCUGAUUGAAGAACAUUUGCUGUCUUUGCAAGCAACCUACAAAGAUGUUCUUAGUGAAAGACAACUGUUAGCAAAUCGGAGAAAACUGGCCACCAAACGCCUGCAGUGUGCAUCUGUCCUGCUGACUGUCCUGGGAGAUGAGAAGACGCGGUGGCAGGCAGCAGUCAGUGGCAUAGACCGCAGGCUGGAUGGGGUCCUGGGUGAUGCCCUGCUGUCUGCAGCCUGCAUUGUCUACAGCGGGGUCCUCACACCAGAGUUUCGCCAGCUCAUCGUGAACUCCUGGGAGAAUUUUUGCAUUAAAAACAACAUUUCUUUGUCUUCCAACUUCUCCUUUAUUGAAGUGAUGGCACAAAAAACUGAGGUCCGCAGGUGGUACAGCCAGGGGCUGCCCCUUGGGAGGUGGUCCACAGAGAACGCCAUCCUGAUGAGGAAUGGACAGCAGUGGCCACUGCUGAUCGACCCACACAGGCAGGCGCUCACCUGGAUCCGCCAAGUGGAGGGGCCCCAGCUGCAGGAGCUCUCCACAGAGGAUAGCCUCCUCCCCAAGAAGCUGGAGAAUGCCAUGAAGAUGGGGUCGAGUGUGCUUCUGCAGAUUCUCUCUGAAACACUUUCUCCAGUCUUAAAGGCAACUUUGAAGAAGGAUAUCUAUCAGAAAAGAGGGCAGUAUUUUAUAAGAAUUGAUGAUUCUGAGAUUGAAUAUAAUUCCCAAUUCAGGUUAUACUUAUCUACAGAAAUAGACAAUCCUCAUUUUCUGCCAUCAGUGUACAACUUUGUUACUAUGAUCAACUUUACGGUAACAUUCCAAGGCUUGCAAGACCAGCUCUUAUCCACUGUAGUGAGUCAUGAAGUGCCUCAUUUAGAAGCGCGGCACGCUCAGUUGCUGGAGCAGAGUGCCCUUGAUGCAAUAACACUUGAAGAACUGGAGGAGAAAACACUGAACUUACUGCAGAAUUCCCAGGGAUGCGUAUUAGAUGAUGAGGAAAUUAUAGAUACCUUAAGAAAAUGCAAAAUGACUUCAAAUGAAAUUGCAAAACGCAUCGAAGCAACAGAGAAAGCAGAAAGUGAAAUCCAAGCCACCCGCGAGAAGUACCUGCCCAUUGCCACGCGGGGUGUCCUGCUGUACUUCCUGGUGGCCGGCCUGGCCCGGGUGGACCACAUGUACCAGUUCUCCCUGGGCUGGUUUCGCCAGGUCUUUGUGUCCUCAGUAGUUUCCAAACACAAAGAGCAAGAGCAUGAGCAUGGCUUGAAAAGGGAGAAGAUAUCUCUGAAUAAACUUAAUGGGAUUAAAAAUAUCUCAGAAGGACCUAACUUGGAAAGUGAGAAAAAUGCCUUUGACAGGCAUAAUAAAAAUGCAAUAGAUGCACUGACAAGAAAUAUUUUUAAGGUGGUUUCUCCAGCUCUGUUCAACCAACAUAAACUCUGCUUCUCCUUCCGGCUUUGUACUACAAUCAUGCAAAAUAAUGCUGAUGGGAACCUCAGGCCUGAUGGCAUUGGGUUCCUACCAGAGGAAGAGUGGAACCUCUUUCUAUAUUCCAGCAUCCUGAUAAACAUUGAAAAUAUUCUCUCCAAGCCAAGACUUGAUCACAUAUUUGAAGAGUGUAAAAAUCAACACCUUCAGUGGCUGUCAGUGUCACGGUGGAGGCAAUGUCAGCACAUCAGCCGGCAGCUGGAGCCCUUCUCCCUGCUGUGCAAAUCCCUCCUGUCCAACCCUCCACAGUGGGAUACAUUUAAGAACAGCAAGGCUGUGUAUUCUCUGAUGAGCACAGCCUUCUGCUUAGAGAUGGCUCCCUCAGAAAGCAUGAAAUCACCCAAAGAACCUGAACUUUUGAAUGAAAGUGAAGAAAUGUAUAAUCCUAUAAAUUUUCCCUGGGAGAAACUGACUCCAUUUCAAAGACUUAUUUUGAUAAAAAUUCUUAGACCAGAAAGUUUAAAGAAAUCAGUGAGAAAUUUUGUAACUGAAAAAAUGGGAAGCGAGUAUCUUCACAGAGGCGGGGUUAACCUGAAGGAAUCGUUCAGAGAGUCCACGGCCCAGACCCCUCUGACUCUCAUCCACACCCAGGGUCACAUGGGGCUUGACCUCAGCAGAGUCCUCCUGAGAUUUGCACAAGAGUUAAAAGGAACAGAACACCAUGUGACCAUAAUUUCCUUGGACCAGGGCCAGGUGGCCAAAGCAGAAGAGAUCAUUGUCAAGGCUCUAAGCAAAAGGCAGCAGUGGGUCUUCCUGCAGAACUGCCACCUGGCAGCGUCAUUUAUGCCACGGCUUUGUGCCAUUGUGGAGUCAUUUAACAGGCCAGAUGUAACCAUAGACCCUGAAUUUAGGCUAUGGUUAAGCUCCAAAUCAGACAGUUCCUUCCCAAUUCCGAUUCUUCAAAAGGGUGUAAAGGUUGCUAUGGAGCUUCCCCAGGGACUGAAGAACAACUUACUCCAGAUGUUUGGAUACAGUGGUGGUGGGGAGGUAACAGAAGAGAUAUUUGAAAACUCUGACUAUGGACAGUGGUGGAAAAAACUUUUAUUCAGCUUAUGCUUUUUCAAUGCUGUGGUCAACGAGAGAAAAAAUUAUGGCACACUGGGCUGGAAUAUAGCUUAUAAGUUCAUUUCUUCAGACUUGGAGGUUUCCAUCAAGGUGCUGGCCAGCAUGCUGCGGAGGCAGGCGGAUGUGCCGUGGCGGCUACUGCGCUGCCUGGUUGGGGAGGUGGUCUACGGCGGCCGCAUCACUGACCCCUGGGACAGGCGGUGCCUGGACACACUGCUCUACAGGUUCUGCAACCCAGAGGUGCUGAGAGAUGACUUCACCUUCUCCAGUGAGGAGAUAGGUCAGCCGGUCCCCAGAUCUGCAAGUUUCCAGGACUACAUACACAUUAUCCAGACCUUACCUGAUGAGGAUGCUCCGGAGAUCUUAGGAAUACACCCAGAAGCCACACGGAGCUGCAGGGAGACCCAGGGCUUGCAGUUCAUGGAUGAUCUCACUGCCAUGCAGCCCAGCACUGCCACGGUCACCCUCGCGAUCAGUCCUGAGCAGAGCCCUGACAUGCUAGUCAUGGAAAUCCUGUGUGACAUCCAAGCACGGCUGCCACUGGCAGUGGAGGACAGUGGGCCCGUGGAUACCACCAUGAGCUCCCUGCGGGCCCUCCUGGCCAGUCCUGCCUGGGAGUCUCUCUGCAGAAACGUGUCUGGCCAUGAUCCACUUAUUCACUGUGUCUUGAUAACCUUUCUGAACCAAGAAACUGGACGAUUUGAUAAGUUAUUAUUUGCUAUACAUAAAUCUUUAAAAGAUCUUCAACUUGCUAUAAAAGGAGAGAGCACCCUUACUCAAGAACUGGAGGAAGUGUAUGAUUCAUUUCUUAAUACAAGAGUGCCUUUAUUGUGGCAGAAGCAGGCGUACAGGUCAAGCAAGCCUCUGAGCGCCUGGGUGGAUGACCUCUGCCAGCGCCUGGACUUCCUCACCACCUGGGCCCAGGCAGCCCGGACAGCCCUGCAACGCCGGUACCUGAAAUUUAUCAGCUCUUGGAAGCAGUGUUCUCGCCCAGCAGCCCCCAAGUCCAGGCCCCCUGCGGAUCCAGGAAGCAACCUCUGGGAAGCAUUUCCCAAAAGAUACUGGCUCCCAGCUUUCUUCUUCCCACAAGCCUUUCUUGCUGCCGUGCUCCAAGACCAUGGGAGGUCCCAGGGAGUCUCCAUGGAUGCCCUCACUUUCUCCCACCACGUGAUUUCCGACACCAGCAACGUCAGUGAGGAGGAGCUCUCCAUGGCCACUCAGAGGAAGCUCAGCCUCAUCCGGAAAGCCUUCAAGGGCUCUGAACCCUCUCACAAAGGUGUUCACGUGUUUGGUUUAUUCAUCGAGGGGGCGCGGUGGGACCAGGAGCUGAACACCCUGGAGGACUCACUACCUCUUGAAAUGUGCUGUGACUUUCCUGACAUUCACUUCCUGCCAACCAAGAUUUCUACUGUAAAGCAUGAUACUUCUAGCCACCCAGGCUCAGAAAUCUACACUUUUGAAUGCCCGGUUUACCAGACUCCUGAGAGGUCAAGAACUUUGAUUACUACUGGUUUACCAGGAAACUUCCUGACCUCAGUGCAUUUACCCACGAGGAAACCCCCCAGUCACUGGAUCACCAUGCAGGUGGCACUGCUGUGUGAGAAAGAUGAAAAAUAAAAUUCCAUCCCAUACUGUUUUGACUCUAACCACACUUACAUGUGUGUCACAAACACAAACCCUCAUGUGUACAGCUGGGCAGGGCUGGCUCUGUUCUAUCCCCGAGACCUCCACACCCAGGAGAGGUUCCUGAGCUCUGCAUGGAGCACAGCAGGGACAGACUGCGCACCUGGGCCACCUCUGGCCGUAUGAGUCCAUAAACUGCAACUCUUGUACAGUAAUGCCCUAGGAUGCUUUCCUUGAGGACAUGCCCAUCCCACAUCUACCACUGUCUCUACUGAAAACCAAUCCCAAGAUUUCCAUCAAUUGGAUUCCAGUCUCACCGUGUUGCUACAGUGAUCAUUUCAUUAACUUAAUCCACAACAGCAGGUACCACCACUAGGAAGAAUUCCCAAGUGAUCCUCUGGCCCUGGUUCCAUACAGGUUGUCAGCAAACUGCCUAACGAGGAAACCAGUGCUCAGAGGUUAGAAUCUCGUCCAGGUGCAGCCUUUUGGCCCCAUGUCCUUCUCAUGUGACUGUAGCCUCAGUCCACAGUGAGAAGAUACGAAGACCAUAGUAUCCACUCUGGCUUGAGUUGGAAAGAACAGACUCUUCACAGUAACAUUAAGAAACAAAAGAGAUAAAACCUACUUAUAUAGAAUGCUACAGAAAGGAAUUAUAAGACAAUCCUUAUUUAGGAACCAAGAAGAAAAUGGCAAAGUAUUGGGUCCUAACAAAAGACAAACAGUAAAGAGGGAGGGCACACUCCCUCCACACCCCGCCAUUCGGAGAGCUCUGACACGGAUGCAGCUGCCUGGCUACCCCUUAGGUGCUGUUCCUCUACCAAUGUGGCUGGACAAGCCACACAAGCCCUCCUUUCGAAACAGCACAAAACACUCCUAGCCCAGGUGUGGGCUGUUGCAAACUCACCAGCACUCUCCCCAGGGCCUGUCGAAGGGACACAUACACUGCUGUGACUGACACAGACGCAUCUGAAAGAACUGCUGAAUCUACGGUAGUUUGUAGCAUUUCUCAAUUUUCUCAAACAGCAGUUAGAUACUUGCCCAUUUCCUGGGAGCUGAGUCCCUGCCAACACCAACCCCUUCAAGUCCAAAAUCCUGAGAGCAUCGUGCCACCAGCAGCUGGCAGGGACCCAGUGUGCCUUCGGAACUCUCUCUGGUCUAGGAAGCUCCUAAAGAAACAAACCCAGGAGAAACCAGUGGGGGCACAUGCCGAAGCCUUGGCGCUUGGUGCCAAUCAGCCCAGAGCUGCAGGCAGAAAAGAAAUGAGGAUCCAAAGAGACCAAAACAUUUUUAUUUUCAACUUUAUUUGCAACUUAAAACUUCAUUUCAAAGCUUAUCAAAUGUUUCAAAAGCAAAAUUAAGAACUAACUGUAGGUAAUUUAGAAAAAUGCAGCCCUUAUCAGAGAAAGAACGGAAAUCCCUUCCACCCCACACCAGCCUCUGAGGUGGGUCCAGCACAGAAAAUACUGCACACCACUUUCCAGUACCUGGAGGAAAGCGUUACAAACAGCAAAGAAAAACCAC